CACUCUUCCAAUCAAUCAAUGUCGAAAUUGUUUCUAUGCCCACCGAAUGUUGUUUUAGGGUUCAUAACAACAAACCCUAAAUUCGACCCUCUUUCUCAGAAACACUCUUCAUUCCCAAUUUCACUCAGAUUCAGAUGCUGCACCGCAGCAACAACAACAACAACAACAAUAACAGCAUCAGAAUCAGACACACACCCAUUCGCUGUAUCAUAUCUCAUCAACAAUUUUGAUUUCUCACCUGAAUCAGCUCUCAAAUAUUUCAACAGCAAUAAGGUUCGUUUCAAUACCUUAGAAAAGCCUAAUUCGGUUAUCACCUUCUUAAAAAACAAUGGGUUUUCACACUCCGACAUACGCAUUAUCAUCACAAAAUCACCAUGGUUACUUUCAUCAAAACCCCAUAAAACCUUAUUGCCAAAGUUUCAAUUUUUUCUAUCCAAAGGUGUUUCUUCCUCUGAUAUUGUUUCAUUGUUGACAGCAAACCCUGGAAUUUUACUACAUGGCUUGAAGAAACGAAUAAUCCCUCUUUUUGAAUUAUUAAGUAGGUUCUUGAAAACCGACAAGCAUGUCAUUGUUCGCUUAAUUCGACAAUGGCAUUCAUUUGAUUGUAUGUCAUAUGACCUUAUUGUGGCUAAUAUCAAUUUGAUGAGUGAUUUUGGAGUUUGCAAUUCUGCCAUUGCUGUAUUCUUUCAAACAAAUACAUCUAUAUUCGGUUCAACUGAUUUGAUUAAGUCAUUGGAGGAAGUUAAGGGUUUAGGGUUUGAUCCUUCAACGACUACUUUUGGGGUUGCUUUGAUGGCCAAGAAAUGUAUGAGUAAAACACUUUGGAAUCAGAAAGUUGAUGUCUUUAAGAAAUGGGGUUGGUCUGAUGAAGCUAUUUUUCAAGCAUUUAGGUCAUAUCCUAAUUUGAUGAUGGUUUCAAUUGAUAAGAUUAAUUUAUUGAUGACUUUUUGGGUCAAUCAAAUGGGUUGGCAUUCCUUGGCACUUACUAAAUCUCCAAAUAUGUUUACUUAUAGUUUACAUAAAAGUUUACAUAAAAGGAUCAUUCCAAGGGCUUCAAUUUUGCAAUAUCUUUUGAUGAAAGGUUUGCGAAAAAACAAUGCCAGCUUAGUUAUGCCAUUUAGUUAUAAUGAGAAAAUGUUCUUGAGCAAGUUUGUUUUCAGCUUUAAGGAGGAGUCUGAUUAUCUAUUAAAGGUAUAUGAGGAAAAAAUGAAAACAACGGCAUGCCACUCGCUAAAUAGGUUUUUGGAUGAUAAAUAUCAUCCGAAAAUGCGGUAAACACCCAAGUUUUUACAGGCCGGAUUGAGAAUUUAUCAACCAUUAUAGGUUAGAGGAACAAAAUAAUGAUAAUCUGAUAUCGACAUACAGUUCAUGCAAUGAUGCGAAUAACAAUUAGCCGGUUGUAUUUGCUAGGGCUCUUCAGUUUCUGCCAAUGUUGUUGUUCUUUUGGAUAUUGGUUUCAAGAAAAGGAUUGUGAAUUAAAGGGUCUCAAUGUCGUGCUCUGCUUGUGGAAAACCAACUGAGCACUAGAGUCGUCCGACAGUGAUAUAUAACUCUGUCAUCGGCAACAUCCAUCGCAAUGUUGGCCCCGAUGUUACAUGACCAGAAAAUAUGACUUCCAACAUCGGAAAAGUAUAUCCCGGUGGCUGGAAAAAAAUGACAAACCAGAGAAUCAAGUACAAAUCCAUGAUAAUGAUAUUGAGACCAUUCUACACCAACCUGUUUCUUUGUAAUAACAAAAUUGCUAAUUUGCUAUGCAACAGUUUCGCAAAACCGAGUUGAACUGCAUUAAGGCUACAAGAUAACGUUUAAGUAAAUGUGCUCUAACAUCAGUUAGGUAGUGAGUGCGUAAAAUAGCAAAAUUUGGAAAGCAGCUCAUGUUCACUACCUACGCUGCGAACCGAGUUCCUAUUUUAACCAGCAAACUUGUUUGUCGGCAAUAAAAAAAAUCUUGCACUCAAACUGUGCUGACACAUGGCCAAUGUUUAUUGGCCACAUGUGUGGUUGUGACAUAGAUUUCCAAUUAUGUUCACUUAUAGUUUACAUAAAAGGAUCGUUCCAAGGGAUUCAGUUUUGCAAUUUCUUUUGAUGAAAGGCUUGCGAGAAAAUAAGGCAAGCUUAGUCAAACCAUUUACUUAUACUGAGAAAUUGUUCUUGAGCAAGUUUGUUUUCAGCUUUAAGGAGUCUGAUUAUAUAUUAAAGCUAUAUGAGGAAAAAAUGAAACUUGCAUACACAGAGGAAAACAAUGGCAUGCCACUGACUACAUGUGUAGGAAUUUUAUGAUGCAUCAAUCUCCUACUAGUCCAAUGGAGAGACAAGGAACCUAAAUAGGUGACUUCAUGAUCUCAUGUAACCUUAGCUUGUUAGUUCCUAAGAUUUAAGUGUUUAUUCUUUCUAUGCUAAAGUAGAGGAUACUCUAGAUGACUUGCUUUAUAGCUUGUUCAAUCAAGAAUCCAUAGCAGUAAAUUCUUGUGUGCAGCCAAAUGGAAGUGAAAAGAGUUUUUGUAUUAUAUGCAGUAUCGACCAAAAUUGCAUUUUCCAAAAGAAUCCAUAGUAG